AUGGAUUCGGCCGGAACACCGACGGCACAGAAACGCCCGCGCGAGAAGAACGCCGCGGAGCAGCAGCCGCGGAAAAGGGCGCGUCAAAGCUGCGAGACUUGUAAGGCGAGGAAGACGAAGUAUUGCGCACAGCUCGGUGUACCAUGUGAAGUCAAUCUCAAAAACAGAAAGCGUCCAUUUUACCGCGUGUCGGAGGAGGUCUAUGAGUCUUCCAUCACGCUGCUCCGUCGCUUCGUGUCUGAAGAAGAGCUGCCGGAGCUUACGGUUGAGGGCAUCCAAAGCAUUCUUGCUAAACUAAGUGAUGCCAAUGGAAUCGGCAACGGCAAUGCUCGCCCCACGAGUCCAAGGCUACAACAGCAGCAGGAUCAGCAGCAGCCACAAAAUGGCCAUGCUAACAAAAGAAUGGACGACACAGAUGGACUGCCAGAGGAAGUCAUGGAACCGGACGAGCAUCCCGUCCUGCAAGAAGAGCGAGGUUGCAUGCUUCUGGACUCGUUGGGAAAAUACCGCUAUGUCGGCGCAGAUUCGUCGAUCCGCUGGAAUCAUGCUGCGCGUGUAGCACAGCAGACCUUUAUCGAUUCAGACCCAAAAGUCAUUCCACCGUUGAAAACAGGCUUGCUCCCGCCAACGACCCCGGAGAGCCCCAUGAGUACACGGCGAGGGGAGAUAUACUUGCCUCCUCGCCAGCUGUGUAUGCGCUAUGUGGGAUAUUUCUUUGAAGAGGUACAUUGUUUAUACUGGUUUUACUCCCCUGAGCAGUUUUACAGCCUCCUUGACCAAACCCUCGAAGAUCGGGGGACGAGAGCGAGCUCAUCUUGGCUUUGUUCGCUAUAUUCAAUUUUUGCGAUAGGAAGUAUGGUUCCGAGUAAUCAAAUAAUACACUCGGGAAGUGCUGUGGAACAUGCUGGUAAACAGGCGCCAGAUUACUUGACUUUGGCAAAAGAACUCUCGGCUGGAGCUGCGGAUGAGGCAGAUAUUGAAAGUGUGAAAGCUUUUGGGUUGCUGAGUCUGGCCAUGCAUGCAAUGUGUUAUAGCGUUGGGGCUUAUCUACACCUCGGAACGGCGGUGAGGAUUGGAUUCUCACUUGGCCUACACAGAGACAUUUCGCCCCGAACAAGAGACUCAGUUGAACGAGAAAGAGGCAGACGUCUAUGGUGGACGAUAUAUACGCUUGACCAUGAGAUGGCUAUCCGCUUCGGUUACCCAUGUGCUAUUGGCGAGGAUGCCGGAUUUGUGAAAACGCCGCCGGCAUCUGAGCAGAUCAUGGACCCAGGGCCGAACAUGCCACUGGGGUACCAAGCACUAUCAUCCUCCCUUGUUCGGCUUAGGAAGAGGAUUAGCUAUACCUGCUUUAUCGAACCUGCACAAGUUGGUGGCCGAUUGCCAAUAAGUCGAGUCACAGAGAGCUUGAAUGAUCUGAAAUCCUGGCUGGACAACGCGCCUCCAUACCUCCACUGGGACUCCUCCCAUCCGCCUCAGCAUCGCCGACCGGUGUUGGUCCUGCACUUGCGGUAUUGGAGCUCUGUCAUAUCUGUCACACGCCCUUUUCUCCUCUUUACUGUCUCUCGCCCGUCCACGAUCGUGGUCCCUGCCAAAAGAGCAUGCUACGAGGAACUCAGCGGGAAGUGCAUCGAAGCAGCAGAGCUCUCUGUGCAGAUACUAAAACGCAUGGUAGACGACCGGAGGUUGUCAAGUCGGAUUUUGUUUGACUGCCAUUGUAUUGGGGAGGUUAUGUGGAUUCUGAUCUUGGCCGUCCAGAAGUUGGGCAGGCCGGAGCACCAGGACAUGCUCAGGUUUUGCCUCGAGACUGUAACCAGCAUGGAGAGAAUUGGAUGGUGCGAGAAGGUCUCCCCAGAAUUGGAAGCGAGAAUUCACGAGAGCGGUGCUUUGGAGCCACUGGUACACUUGCAAAUUCAAACGAAUCAACACCAGCAACAGAAGUAUCCGGAUGGAAUCGAAGGCAGGGUCAUAUUUCCUCCAGAAUCAGGGCCAAGUUAUGUUGAUGGGACUGCUGAUUUUAAUUUUGACGCUUCGCAAUUCGACGUGUUCGAGACGCUGGACCUGGAUACUCGCUCGGGGUUGAUGGAUAUCUUUGCGGACGCUACACUGUCCGCAUCACACCUCGUAUUUGAUAUAGAGCAGCGAGAAAUUUAAAUCCUCUGAAAUUAUACUCUACUACCCCUUCCACAAUAUCCCACACCACCAUGCUAUCCAGUUAUCUUUCUGCUUGUCUUAAUAUUGCGAGUGCUGACACAGUCCAGCGUAGGGUGAAGCCAUAUUACUCGAUUGAAUUUGGAAGGCUAUUUAAGAUAUAUCACUUAGACUGUUUGCUCGCUAGUACCGUUUACACUUCACCCGCAGAUGUCGCCUUCU